AUGGGCGGCAUCUUCCGUCGAGCAGAGCGAGUGUUGGUCUGGCUUGGACGACCUAGCUCUGGCUGGGACUCAUCAGUUGCAGGCGCCCUCGAAAUGGCAAAGAGACUUGGUGAAAAUCCUCCGACUUCGAAACUUCCACCGCCGCCGCCUCAACCCAACCCCCAUUACGAAUCCCAAUUUGCCAAAUGGAUCAAACUCUUCCCACAAGACAUCGAAGAACGGAAGGACAAGGAGAAACAUGCGAAAGGUCCAUCCGAGUCUCGCAUAUCACAUUGGCAAACAUGCCUAGAUCAAGAAUGUCAAUACUGGCACGAAAAGAGGGAGGAACAUGGGAAAACUUCAAGCGAGUCGAGUACAUCACCAUGGCAAGAACGCCUAGAUCAGCAACGUGGACGAUGGUCUCAAAUGAGGGAUGAGCAUGCACGAUACAAACUGAGAGGGAAAAGACUCCCCGCUAUGCUCGAAGACACACAAAAAGACCUACCAUUCUUGGCGCAAAUGCAACAGAAACUACGUGAGCUUGGAGCUGAAGAGCUCAAACAACAAGAGUUGCUCGAAGACCUAAGGCUCUCGGAAUCUCGGCAACUCGCCAUGCUACAUGCACCUCAGCAGCGACUGUUACAAGACUUUAAAGAUAGUCAAAUGCGAGCCUACCAAGAAUUGAGCAAUGUAGACCUUCGAAAGCCGCCAGAAGCUUGGGAAGUCCAGCAAGGGGUAGCUCCUGAACUUGGAAAACAAGCUCGUUCCAUGGCCCAUAUUUCUGGCGAAGAUGAUCAAGAGCAAGGAAAGACAAACAGGCUAUUCCAUGAAAUACUAGCCAAUCUGGGAGAUUUCCAGCAGUCAAUUUAUGACCUUCGUAAACAGCUCCAGGGAGAACCGGCAUCACCACUGCUCAGAGAGAGGAUUUGUAGACUUAAGAAGAUGCAACAACUGGAUAUGGAUCAGCGCCGCAACUUUGCCAAGUUACGGGACCGGUUACAAACAUGGCAACAACCAACAGACAAACAAUACGGAGCAGGCCUACGACUACUACAAUCACAAGUCGGGGAAUUUGGCCGACGAGUCGAAGAUUGGGAAAAUCUUCAAAAGGUUCAGAUCGAACAUUUAGGGGACCUGCCCAAGUUCAUCUCUGAGCAAUAUGAAUCAUUACAGAGCUUCAUAGAACGACAAUGUCAAGAUCUCGAGAAGAUGAAAUUGAGCCGGGGGGGACAUUGGACAGGUGCACCGUUGGUGGACACGUUUUUAAGCGAAGAGGAAAUUCGCAUCUCAGAUGGAGUUAAGAGUAGCAAACAGAAACUUCUCAAACAACACCUCGUCUUGCGAAGUACGGAGCUAAGGAAAUGGGGAAUCAAGUUUGUUCUUGAGCAAUGUGGCACAUGGCGCUCAAGCAUAUACGAGAUGAAAAGGCAGCACCACAUCAAGCGCGGGUUCCGAGAAGAAUCCAUCAACGCUCAGCUUGAAUGGAUCCAACUAUGGCGGGAUAUGGUAGCUUGGCAAGCCAAGGAGUGGCAUGAUCUUGUUUUUACUCAGACCGACACAUCUCUCGGGUUUCCAGAUAUCAAUCUGCUCAGCCUAGAAGGAAUUUGCCGCUUACCAUACUGGAGACGCCUUUGGAUAGUUCAAGAGGUACUCUUGGCGAAAGAGUUGGUUUUGUGUUUCGGAGACAACGCCAAGACUACCAGAUCUUGGGAUCUAUUCACUAGAACCCGAGACUCCUUGGAGCGGAUGCCCAGCUUCUGGCAAUUUAGUCCAGCUAUCAACGCAUCUAUAAAGGAGAUCAGGCAUGCUUUUCCGCUUCGGUUGGACAAACUACGAAAGGAAAACGGACGAUACUGGUCAUUACACAAUCUUGUGGAUAUUACUAGGAACUCCUUGUGUCACGAUCCUAAAGACAAGGUAUACGGUCUUCUUGGGAUUACCAGCGGUUUUCAGUUUGGAGAUUUCGACGUCAGAUACCAGGAUGCGGUGGAGCAUGUUUACCGGAACGCGAUUCUAUGGUAUCAUUCGAAGUAUGGCGAGGACGUAAACUCUCCCAACCUUGUGAGGUUUAGCCAGCUUUUGCAACUAUCGCUCAAAAGCCACAAAGAUACGCAAAGCUCGAAUGUCGAUUCCUCUCCGCUGUCUCUUAAUAGGAAUCUAUUAUCGGGAUUCACGGAAAGGUUCUGCAUGAAGAGAAUGCUCGGUAGCCCUAUUCUGCCCAUUGAGAAAUUGAUAGGGGACAAAAGCUUAAUGCAAUCACGACGUCGGGACUGGAUCAGUACUCUAGUUGAGCAUUUCGACGAUUCAGGUUUUCGGGGGCCAAAGACAGCUAUAGAGGAGGAACUAUUGUAUCUUGACUCGGUCAGUACGACUUUGUCCAUGCCGACUUCUUCAGCAUACGCAGUUGUAGAGGAAUGCAUGUCCGACGAAAACAGCCCGGCGAUAUGUCCCUCCCGUGAUAGACCAGGGCAAGGGCAAGAACCGCUUUUCUUCGUUACUGUCGACGGCGAAUUCGGUAUCUCGUCAACUUGCAUUAGAGAAGGUGACCUCUUAUGCAGAUUCCCGGGCUCAAAUCUAGGUGUAAUUCUUCGCCGAGGAGUAGGUCAGUACAACUUGGCCAGCAAAGCGAUCAUGUCGUCCAUCACGAAAACGAGCAUGUCCAAUAUUGAUGACGAAACUUUACUUGACCGCCCAACAGAUCGCUCGAUUGAACCGACUCGGAGACAAUCAAUGACCAAAGGAGAGAGUUCUCGGACUGUGCAUUUGAUGCUUGACAUCACAUCAAUCCUGUCCCUUACAACUCCUCUGGAUAACAUCAGCAAACACGAGAAACGAGAGCCUCUGUGUAUUCAAGAAACUUCAUUUGAGUGGGAUGAGUUCAUCACUUCGGGACUUGAGGUAGCUCCCAGCCCUCUAUGCCAAAAGCAAGAGGUCCAGACACCAGAUGAUCCGCCAGAGCCUGAGCAGGAACCAAACCCCACGAUCGCUACAAAGUUUAAGGUGAAUACAAGGGCCUUCUCCUCUGAACAGACUUGGGUGACCGACGAUAUGUCGAAACUCAUGUCGGUCGCACCCAUGGUCAGCCUGGAUAUUAACGAGACAUACCCGGCAUUGCACCAUCCCGACCCUAGAGUCUCGACAACUCUCUACUCUAGCACGCCAGCCAAUGGAACCACGAUGGUAAGCCCAUACAAAGAGUCUCAUAGACCUAAACUCAAGCAUGAACCGUCGUGGGUGGUGGAAUCACUAUACAGAUUAGGGUCAGCAGUGUUGAAGGCAUUAUAG